CGCCCUCGCUUCCUUCUCGGCCGUCGGGUCUAGGCGGGAGCCCGGGGUGGCCGCUCCGCCGAGCCCCGGGCCGCCCCGGGCCACCCCCAACCACCCCAUCCCCUCGUCCGCCGCCCCCAUGCAUCCCUUCUACACCCGGGCCGCCACCAUGAUAGGCGAGAUCGCUGCCGUGGUGUCCUUCAUCUCCAAGUUCCUCCGCACCAAGGGGCUCUCGAGCGAGCCGCAGCUGCAGACCUUCAGCCAGAGCCUGCAGGAACUGCUGGCAGAACAUUACAAACAUCACUGGUUCCCAGAAAAGCCGUGCAAGGGAUCAGGUUACCGCUGCAUCCGCAUCAACCAUAAGAUGGACCCUCUGAUUGGACAGGCAGCCCAGCGGAUUGGACUUAGCAGUCAAGAGUUGUUCAGGCUUCUCCCAAGCGGACUCACACUCUGGGUGGACCCCUACGAAGUGUCCUACCGGAUUGGAGAGGACGGCUCCAUCUGUGUGCUGUACGAGGCCUCGCCAACAGGAGGCAGCACUCCGAACACCAGCGGGAACGUGCAAAUGGUAGACAGCAGGAUCAGCUGUAAGAAGGAACUUCUCUUGGGCAGAACAAGUCCUUCCAAAAACUACAAUAUGAUGACUGUAUCAGGUUAAGACACAGUCUAUGGAUGGAUCAUCUUAUAAUGGAUGGAUAAAUUUGAUUUUUUGCUUUGGGUGGGCUUCUCUUGGGGAUGGAUUAUGGAAUUUAAACCAUGUCACAGCUGUGAAGAUCUGGCACAAGAUAGA